GAGGUUUACUGGCAAUGGAUCAGUCAGCCACGCCCGCUGAGCAGCGCAGCCCGGUCCCUGCCACCUCCUAACAGCCUGAGGUACCAGACGCUGAAGCAGCCACUGCUGUCCCACCUGCUGCACCAUGACAGCCAGCAGAGACACAAGCUCUGCGAGGACAACUGGGAGGAGUCCUUAGGUGUGUGCCUGCUGGUGCCACAGGGCGAGUCCAACGACACGCGCACUCUGCUGCAGCUCGCCGACCCGAGCGACGCCGCGAGGAUCCAGAAGCUCCUCCACUUCUCCCUUUCGCUGACGGCCAUCGACGGCGGCGGGGAGGAUGACAUCAGCUUCGAGAGCCUCCGGAGGAACCGGGCCGAGGCUGGAGCGAGGAAACACGACUGCUUCAGAAACCUGUUCGAGGCAGAGAUGUGUCCCGCGCCGUUCGUCCACGGAUCACGGUUUUAUUGCUUUCACUGUCCUGGAACAUCUGGAGCAGCUGCUGAUCUGCUAAAAAACACUCGGGCCAGUGGACUCAGCAGGAAGACUGCAGAGCUGCUGCUGCUGCCGUCUGACCCUUUGUGCAGCUAUGCAGACAGAGAGGAAGGGCAGAGUGAAGAAGAGGAGAAACUGGCCAUAAUGUAUGAAAGACUGCAGGUAGAGCUUCCAAAUUUCUUUAUGAAAAACCACGACUUCAACAUGUAUUCAGACAACAUGGAAUUCAUAAAUGGCCUGAUAAACGUCAAUACCAGGGGUCUCACGACGUACCGCCUCAUACUCGCCGUGUGGCGCUUCCUGUGUUUGUGUUACUACGCCGAGGCUCGGCUGGAUGUACUGAAGCUCACCAAGCACAUGGAGGAUAGGAGCAUUAAGGCCCGCUGGAGGAUCCGAGGUCUGCCCAUGCAUUCUGUUAUGUUGUACUUUUUCCGCAAAGACAAAUCUCAGCUGUACAGGUCGUUUGAUGCUUUCUCUACUUUUUACAUUGGACAAGAUGGACUCAUCCGUUGUCACAAAGUUGAAAAGGUGAUGCCCGCUCAGAGCCCCACGUUUCCACGAGGAACCUCCCUCCUGACCGGUGCUCUGGUGGCCCUGGGAAUGCAGGAGGACCGGCCUGCUCUCAACCUGCUGCCCUCCCUCCUCUUCCGUCUGCGCCACAGCAGGAACUGACGCCAGAGUUUCAUCCGUGUGGUUCGGACUGUGUUCUGUCCCUAACAAUCACAUCCUGAUGCCUCUGAAGGAGCUACACAUUCACCAGUUUCCUCCGAUUUGCCCAUUCGUUCUGCUGCCAACUCCAAGUUGAGCUUUUUAGGUUGACGUUUACCAGUUAGCUGCCGGAUGUUUGCACGUGUAAACGCCACCAGAUCUGAACCGUUGCUCCUUUAUUAGCCUAGAAAUAAAUGUUUAGAUGCAGGCUGACUCAUGUCAAAGCAACCAGCGUGAGGAUGGUGCAAUAAAAUAAAAGCUGGAUCUGUUCUCCUGCUUUGCAGCAAGCAGCUUCAUUCAUCACAUGUUUAUUUCAUUGUUUUUUUUACCAUAAGUGCAGCACAAAUGAAGAGAUGUGAUGAUUUGAGGGGGAGAUGUUUGGAGGAGGAAACCCUGAAACCACAAACUAACCAGUAACUCUUAGCAUUGACAGUAAUGUAUGCAGCCAAAUAAAUAGUUUUAACACUGAUUGAGUCCAGUUCAUAAUAAAUUAUUCUAACAGUUCCUCA